AUGCCAUCCAAUCAGACGAUUUUCCCUGCAUGGCAUUUCGACCAUUGGCGAGCUGUCGACGAUAGAGUUAGAGGAGGAGCCAGUACCUCUCAUCUUGACCAGGUCCAUCUGGACUUAUCACAAUCUUCCAAUGGAGAUCUGGAAAAAGGCAAAAAUAGUGUCGGUGCAAGAUUCUGGGGCCAUCUAGAUAUCGAUACUCUAGGUGGUGCAGGUUUCGCCUCCCAAUCCUACCGCUACGGACCCUCACCACUGCGCCUCCCCUCCCUUUCAUACAGCGGACUAUCCAUAAUUUACCAACCCGAUCCACAAACGCACUAUACCGAGAAGACACCGAGGGACUAUACAUUGGUUUUGAAGACUACCCCCACAGCUAAUAUACCUAAACACCCUAAGACACCCGGUCCACCUAGAGAAGCUCAACUCACAUACGAAGUCUCUUUCUCCCUUCCUACUACUACGGUAGGAAAAGCAGAAGCAAAAGCCAACAAGGAGGAGAAGAGGGAAUUUAAAUGGAAUGAGUUUCAAGCUACUUAUAGGGGCAAACCGGUACCGGAAGGAGAUGAGCGAUGGGUACCGAUAGAUCCGGGGUUGAUAUAUGAGUUGUCAAUUAUGUGUAGAAGUGAUUUUGGGAAACAACAUGGUGAUUUUGGAGUUGUAGUCAAGUCGAUAGAAGCGAUAAGGAAAAAAGAGAGUGGGUGGUGGAGUGGGCUUGGAUGGUUGUGGAAUUGGGUAGUGGGAUUGUUCAGCUGGGGUUGGAGUUGGAGCUCGAGGGGUGGAGUGAAGUUGGAAGAUGAUGAGGAGAAGUUGAUCGCUUAG